CAUGAAGCUGAAAUUCAAAAUGCCACGUGGCAUUUACCUUGUAUUCAUUUUGGCGGUGUCAGCCGCUUUGGUGGCCGGCCUGAUUUUGACUAUUGUGCUGGUUAGCAGGCCUAAUAAAGCUGCACCAUUUGAUGGUCGUGUCAUUACAGUGAGCCUGUGCAAUUCGAAUUCAGAGCCGCAGAUUUCAAGCUUGAGGUUUAAGAGAGAUGCUAAUACAGAUUGUAGUUUUAAUGCAAACAAAAACCAACUUCGAAAUUUUCUCACAAGCUCUGCAGAAGAUGCAAAUUUUAUUCUGACUACCUACUCCGGUACCUCAACGAAAACUGAACCACUUACAAAACAACUUGCAUUGGAUCAACUUGAAGCCAUCAAGGCAGACGGCUCUUCAGCGGUGAAGCAGUCUUCAGCUAUUGAAAGUUACGACCCAUCUGCAUAUAGUAACACGGAUUUAGUUUUUUUCACGCCUUGUCAGACAAAUUACGACGGGAUCGAAGAUGAUAUUAAAAAUGUUCAAACUGCCAUCAACAAAGUUAUUACAAAAACAUUUGUGAUUGUGUCACUAUCACUGAAUAGUACUGAUAUGAACAGUAGAUAUGGUGAAGCAGCGCAUAAUAUUCCAACAACUCCGACAGAAGAUAUUUCGAAUAAAAUUAAUAAUAUUCUGAAUAUCGGAACAACUCAAACGCCACCGGUAACCACAUCAACAAUGGCUACAACGACUGCCAAUGUAACUUCGGCAGCUCCAAACACUACUGUCACAAUUUCUACAUCUCCAACAACGGUUGUAACAGUUCCAAGUACAGCUCAAACAAGUUCUACUACAACAGUAACGGUACCUACUACGACAGUCACAGGCCCUACUACAGUAGUAACCGUUCCUACUACGGUGGUGACAAUUCCAAGUACAGUAGUCACCAGCCCAAUCACAACGCCAUCUACGGUAGUAACAGUUCCUUCCACGGUUGUGACCGUCCCUUCUACCGCGGUGACAAAACCAAGUACAGUAGUCACAGCACCGUCUACUGUAGUGACAGUCCCUUCUACAGUGGUCACAAAACCAAAUACAGUAGUCACAAGUUCACCGACGGUAGCGACGACUCCUACUACGGUAGUCACAACGCCAUCCACAGUAGUAACAGUUCCGUCGACUGUAGUAACAGUUCCUACUACGGUGGUGACAAAUCCAAGUACAGUAGUCACAGCGCCGUCCACAGUAGUAACCGUUCCUACUACGGUGAUGACAAGUCGGUCUACAGUAAUCACAACUCCAACGACUGGCGGAUCAAGCCCAUCUACUGCUGGAACAAGUUUAGCAAGCACCGCUGUAACAACGGAAACUUCUAUCGGAUCAAGCUCCACACCACUUCCCAGUCAGAGUACAUCCCUGUCAAUGAGUUCACUUUCAACAUAUACUCCAUCCUCGAGCACCGCUGGAGCUACAUCCCCUGCCACACAGCAAUCAACUAAACCGACAAUAGGAACAAGUAUGAGCUCAGGACCUACAACAGUAGCACCUGGUGCUUCUACAGAGUCUACUGUGCUCCAAUCAUCUACUCCGUCUGGCACUACUGUGACUCUACCGUCCGGUUCUUCCACCGCGACAGCUGGAACUUCACCUCAAGCAUCAACCGUGACUACCGUAACAGAUAUUUCUACAGUCAGUGGCUCUACAGUUACCUCCCAAACUGCAGAAUCGUCUUUGAGCACGGAAUCUCCAACAUCCGCUGGCUCAUCCAUUUCGACAGUCAGUACAGUAUCUUCUCAGCCAUCAACGUACAUCCCGGUAUCAUCAGCAUCUUCCAUUUACUCUACUUUGAGCGGAAGCACGGGAUCUACAGCAAGUCCUGGAACAACAGAAAGCUCAGGAUCGUCUACCAGUGGACCAUCAACCAUAUCUGGAUCGUCAGCCUCCACCGUCACAGGUUCCACGGUCACGGAGGCAUCAACAAUCAGUGGCUCAACGGAAUCAUCAACUAUACCUGGAAGCACGGAAUCAACCGUUUCCGAGGCGUCAACUGUGUCUGGUUCGUCGGUAUCAACAGUCAGUGGAAGUACGGAAUCAACAUCAGCUGGAGCGUCAACAGUCUCUGGUAGCACGGGAUCGACCGUAAGUGACUCAUCAACAAUCAGUGAUUCGACAGGAUCCACAAAUGCUCCUGGAAGCACGGAAUCAACUGUUACUGGAUCAUCAGUAUCAACUGUCAGUGGUAGCACAGGAUCAACUGGGCCUUCGACAAUGAGCGCGUCGACAGGAUCCACAAACACUCCUGGAAGCACUGAAUCCACCAUAACAGAUGGAUCAACUGUCAGUGGCAGCACUGGGUCAACCGGUUCCACAAAUAAUCCUGGAAGCACAGAUUCCUCCACCACUGGUAUUUCAACAGUAUCUGGAUCUUCUCUAUCGACAAUCAGUGGCAGCACUGGAUCAACGGUCUCUGGAUCUUCAGAUAUGACGGUCUCCACCGGAUCCACAAGUUCUCCAGGUAGUACAGAAUCAACGGUAUCUGGAGCGUCAACAAUGAGCCCGUCCACUGGAUCCAGCGUGGAGACAUCUACAUCAGGCUCAUCAGUGUCAACGGUUAGUCAGAGCACAAGUUCAAGUACUACCGGACAAUCGACCGUGUCAGAGUCCUCAGUAUCCACUGUUAGCUCAGAAUCAACAAUCAGUCAGAGCACUGGAUCAACCACUACUGGCGAGUCCACGGUAUUUGGCAGCACCGGAUCAACGGCUACUGGAUCAUCAACGAUGAGUGCUUCCACAGGAUCCACUGAUACCCCUGGCAGCACUGAAUCAACCAUCACGGGAUCGACCGUCACUGGAGAAUCAACCGUGUCUGGGUCGACGGGAUCAACCAUCACAGAAGGAUCAACAAUUUCUGAAUCUACGAUGACUACUGUCGGUGUAAGUACGGGAUCAACCAUCACCGGAGAAUCUACCGUGUCAGGGUCGACGAGAUCGACCGUUACCGGAGAAUCCACGGUAUCUGGAUCAACGGAGUCUACUGUCAGUGGGAGCACAGAAUCAACCCCCACUGUACCGUCAACCGUGUCAGGGUCGACGGGAUCAACUGUUACUGGAGAAUCAACCGUGUCUGGAUCAACGGCAUCUACUUCCAGUGGAAGUACUGGAUCAAGCACAGAAGCAGGAUCGACCGUCUCCGGUUCAUCAGCAUCAACUGUAACUAGUAGCACUGGAUCAAGCACUAGUGGAGAAUCUACGGUGUCAGGAUCGACCGUAUCUACUGUCAGCGGAAGUACGGGAUCCACCAUCACUGGAGAAUCAACCGUUUCUGGCUCGACAGAAUCUACCGUUACUGCGGAAUCUACAGUUUCAGGAUCAUCCGUGUCAACUGUGAGUGGCAACACAGGAUCAACCAUCACUGGAGAAUCAACCGUAUCUGGGUCGACGGGAUCGACUGGAGAAUCCACAAUUUUAGAAUCAUCCGUCUCAACUGUAAGUGUCAGCACAGGAUCUACCAUAACAGAUGGAUCAACUGCAUCUAGAUCUUCAGUAUCAACCGUCAGUGCUAGCACAGAAUCGACGGUUUCCGGGGGAUCCAGCGCCUCGAUAGGAUCGACAAACACCCCUGAUAGCACGGAAUCCACAAUUUCUGGAUCAACGAUCAGUGGCAGCACUGGAUCAACGGAGUCAUCAACAAUGAGCGCAGGAACAGGCAGCACUGAAACUUCAACAUCAGGAGGAUCAACAGUGUCAGGAUCAUCUCUAUCCACGUCUAGCACAGAAUCAUCGGGGUCAUCAUCCACACAACCACCAUCAACAAGUACAGAGUUAACAGGCGCGAACAAUAAAUUUGGACAUUCCAUAUAAAUCUUUAUCGAUUCUGAAAGACUGACUUUCAAAAUAUUGUUUUUUUUCAGGAUCGUCAGUGCCAACAACUUCCAUAACAAGUUAGUUGCCAGCAAAACUUUGGACUAGAAACUCAUAACAAUGUGUCACUAUUCGAGAUUUAAUGUCAUUUUUUACAGGACGAGGGCUCCUGAUAAUUUAUUGAAAUAAAUAAUGUUACAAACUUU